AAAUGUACUCAUUUCUUAAAUAGUUAAAUGUUUAUGGCGAAAGUGGUUCAUGCAUCUCGCAAUAAGAAACCGGCUGACCACUCCCUAUAGAUAAAGAAUAUAGGACAAGUUUAACUUAUAUAAAAAAAAAAUGUGGAAAGCGACAGCCGGUCUGCAACUCCAAAAUACUCAGGCAGAUGCUGACGAUGACUGGGAAACGGAUCCGGACUUUGUAAACGAUGUCAGCGAACAAGAACAGAGAUGGGGAUCGAAGACUGUGGAGGGUAGUGGGCGAACUGCGGGUGCCAUUGAUAUGGAGAAGUUGCGUUUUGAAACCGAAAUGGCAGAUCAAGAAAAAAAGAAAAAAGAGAUAGAGGAGCAGAAUCCAGGGUACGGAUAUGGUGGAAAGUUUGGCGUUCAAACGGAUCGUAUGGAUAAAUCAGCGGUUGGCCAUGAUUAUCGUGCUAGUGUAGAAAAACAUGCUUCACAAAAAGAUUACAGUGAAGGAUUUGGUGGAAAAUUUGGUGUGCAGAAAGAUCGUGUCGACAAGUCCGCUGCUGGAUGGGAUCAUAUAGAGAAAGUUGAAAAACAUGCUUCGCAAAAGGACUAUGCGACCGGUUUCGGAGGCAAAUUCGGUGUUCAAUCUGAUAGAGUGGAUAAGUCGGCUGUUGGUUGGGAUCACGUUGAAAAGGUUGAAAAGCAUGAGUCACAAAAAGAUUAUUCAAAGGGUUUCGGUGGGAAAUUUGGCAUUCAAGAAGACCGUAAGGACAAAUCAGCCAUGGGCUGGGAUCACAAAGAAGCACCGCAAAAGCAUGAAAGUCAAAUAGAUCAUAAAGUGGGUUUUGGUGGAAAAUUUGGUAUACAAAAGGAUCGUAUGGACAAGUCAGCUGCAGGUUUCAAUGACACAGAAAAGCAACAGGUGGGUACAACAUAUACAAAAGUAAAGCCCAAUAUCGAAGGUGCGAAGCCAUCCAAUUUACGAGCUAAAUUUGAGAAUCUUGCCAAAAAUUCAGAAGAAGAAAAUCGUAAAAGAGCUGAAGAGCAAAAGCGAUUACGUGAGGAAAAAGAUCGACGUGAUCGCGAAGAGGCUGCUAAAAAAACAGUCAUUGAAAAUUCUCCGCUUCCAGCAGCAGAUGAAGCACGAGCACCACCACCUAAAGGAGCUAGAACAUCGAUUUUGACUGGUCGCGAGGGAGGUAUUAGCAAUGCGAUAAGUGCAUUCAAUCAAAUGCAAUCACCAACAACUGAAAACCCACCAGUUGUACGCAAAGAGCCAAUAACCAUAUCUAAAGCCGAACCUGUUCAGGUAAUAAAGCAAGAUGAAGAGAAAACUGAAAGUCAACCUGUUUCGGAGAAUCUGCAAAAAAAUGCCACAAUAACAGCACCACCACCUGAUGUUAUACCUUCUAUUGAAAUACAAAACGUAAUGACACCACCACAGUUAUCAUCACCAGAAUCACCAAUGCGUGAACCGGUUUACGAGAACAGAGAGAGUAUUGAACAAAAGCUGCUGCAACAAAAUCAACAGGUACAACAACAGCAACCCGAAGAUCUUGUGGAACAUCAAACGCUAUCGAAAAUAGAGAAAGAUGUUGGAGACACAAUCGUAGAGAAAACUACCGUUUCUUCAAACAGUGUUACUUCCGCUUCUGCGGUUCCUGCUCCAACAGAAGAAGAAGCUAUUUAUUCAAAUUCCGACAACUUGGCUGACUACAUUGAAGACACAGGCAUACAUGCUAUCGCCCUAUAUGAUUACCAAGCUGCUGACGACGAUGAAAUAUCAUUUGAUCCAGAUGAUACAAUCACUCACAUCGAAAUGAUCGAUGAAGGUUGGUGGCGUGGAUUGUGCAAGAAUCGUUAUGGGUUGUUCCCGGCAAAUUACGUGCAAUUGCUAAAUCAAAAAUAAUGAAAAAAUUAAUAUUAUGAAAACGACUGCGCUUUUUAUUCAGCUCAUUAAGCGGACGCACUGUUUUUUUUUUUAUAAAAUAUUGUUAUAAUAAGUAUAAACUUAUUGAAACAUACAAAUUGAAUGCUUCCUUUGAGACAAAACAAAUGCGAAAAUGCAAAAACAUGUUAAUAGUAGAUAUGGUUAUUUCAAGAACAUUUUUUUAUAUCAUAAAUCAUUGAUAACCAGUAUUGACCUCAAUUGCAUUUAUGCAAAGACGAAAUUUGCUUAAAACCAUAUAUAAAACAUUUAUUAAAAUUUUUUUUGUAUUACACAUUUUUUGUUAACAAAGCUUGACAAGUUGAAAUGGUUUGUGGAUAUAUCUUUGAUAUGCAGUUGCGAAUGAAUGUACUAAAAAACAACAAACAUUGCCAAUAGUGCUACUAACUGAGCGUGCAUGAUUUUUAAAAGCAGAUUUGAGGAAAAUUAUUCCUUCAAAAUUAUUGUUUAACGGUAAUAAUAUGCAAUUUUUAUCGAUUACGUAUUUGAAAUUUUUAAUAUGUAUGUGUAUGUUUAUGGUUAAAGACUUAAAUGUUACAAGUAGUGUAUUUGUAUAAAAUAUUAAAAUAAAAAUACUUACAACUUUA